UGGGCUGUGCCCAGGAUGCUUAAAAGCAGCAGCAGCAGAGGAAGGCAGGGACAGGGAGCAAAGCAGCAGAGAUGGAGCUGUACCGGGUGCCCGCCGGCUCGCUGGAUGCCUGGAUCGCAGAACAUCUCCAGCCCAGCGAGGAAUUCCGGCUGCAGGUGAAAGACACUGUCCGGAGGAUCUGUGAUUUUCUGAAGGAGACGUGCUUUGACGACAUCAAGGUGUUCAAGACGGUGAAGGGCGGCUCCGCGGGGAAGGGGACAGCCCUGAAGAACAAUUCGGAUGCAGAUCUGGUCCUUUUCCUCAGCUGCUUCUGCAGCUACCGGGACCAGCUGGAGAACCGUGCGGCUGUGCUCGACACCAUCAGGCAGAAGCUGAACCGGUGCCGACAGACCAUCGCCUUCAGCAUUGAUGUGGAGGUCUCCCAGCCGAAGGAGAAGGGCACCUGCCCGCGCUCGCUCUCCAUCAUCAUCCAGUCGAGGAGGAGGCGGGAAUCCAUCGAGGUGGAUGUGCUCCCGGCCUAUGAUGCCUUAGGGCAGGUGAUUCCUGGCAGCAAACCUUCCCCCCAGGUCUACGAGGAUCUCAUUCGGACCAGAGCUAAGCCCGGUGAGUUCUGCACCUCCUUCACCGAGCUCCAGAGGGACUUCGUGAAGCGUCGCCCAGCCAAGCUCAAGAACCUGCUGCGGCUGGUCAAGCACUGGUACAAAGAGCUUUCCAAGACGACGUCAGGCUUGCCCACCAAGUACGCCCUGGAGCUGCUGACCAUCUAUGCCUGGGAGAGUGGCACCAAGGGGGCGGAGAACUUCAGCACGGCCGAGGGGUUCCGCACAGUGAUGGAGCUGCUGUGCCGGUACCAAGAGCUCUGCGUCUACUGGACCGAGUUCUACGAUUUCCAGUCCUCCGUGAUAGGGCCCCAUGUCAAACGGCUGCUGCGGGAGCCGUGCCCCGUGAUCCUGGAUCCAGCCGACCCGACGGGAACCUUGGGGCAGGGAAAGAGCUGGGACCUGCUGGCGAGAGAAGCCGCCAUCUGCCGGGACCAGCUGUGCUGUAGGAACAGCCUCGGCCCCAUCCGCUGCUGGGAUGUGCAGGUACCGAAGUCUCUCGGGGUCCCUUCCCACCCCCGCCUGUGAUGAGCUCGUCACUGAGCCUCCGGAGCAUGGAGUAGCCGGGUAGCUCCCCUCAUGGCCCCCGCGCCUGUCCCACUCCCCACAGCUGCCCCUGCUGGCAGAGGCUGGGGUUGGCCUAACUGGGAGCUCCCCAAAACAGCCAGUGCUCCCCUCCGCUCCCCACAGCGCCCCCUGCUGGGAGAGGCUGGGCCUGGGGUAGCCAGGACCUCCCCCCACAGCCAGCACUCCUGACCCCUCCCCACAGCACCCCCUGCUGGGAGAGGCUGGGGCUGGCGUAGCUGGGAGAUCCCCCUCCCCCCACAGCCAGCGCUUCUGCCCAGCUCCCUGCUACAGAAUCUGAUGAGCCCAGAGCUGCGGGAAACGAUCGUGUUGAGAUUCCACUCCCCAGCAGAGGUUCUUCUGCCGCGUGUCAUUAGACGUUCUCCGCUGCCCCACCUGGGCUGUCCGACCCCCACCCAUCCCCGUCUCCUUGUCUCUCUUCCAGCCAGCCAACCCAUGCAGGUGACGGUGAAGCAGCUCUCAGGGGUCAGCCUGGACCUGGGGCUGAGCCCCUACACGACCAUCUGGGAGAUUAAGGAGGAGCUCGAGCGUGCCUGGGACAUCUCUCCCUACACACAGCGCCUGGCCCUGCAGGAGCCUGGCCUGGGAAACCAGCUGCUGCUGGACGAUCAGACCCUGGCAUCACACGGCAUCUUCUACGACACCACGGUUCUGAUGCUCACGACCGAACCCCAGUGGAUGGAGAUCUUCGUGAAGGACCAUAACAGCAGAACCCUGCCCUAUGGCGUCCGUGCCAGUGACACCGUCCUGGGCCUGAAGAAGAAGAUCGAGGAUCGCACGGGUGUCUCCGCCAGCCAACAGCGCCUGACGUUCAACAGCAAAGAGCUGCAGGACGACUGCACGCUCGCCCAUUACAGGAUCCGGAGCAAGAGCACCGUCUACCUGCUUCUGCGCCUCAGGGGUGGGUAAGAUGCUCACUGGGUCACCGGGACCUGCACCUCCAUGGGCAGGCGUCUGCUGUGCCCCCGGCCAAGAGAGCAGCACAGCGGGCUAUGUUUCCCAAGAGCCUUUGCAUGAUAAUUCAGGGCUUUGCUAAUGUGCCCCUGUCACCUUAGCAGUGAAAUAUAAUAGCUCACUGAAAGGUGACACGGGGCCAGAAUUGUUACUCUGAAACCUGAAUUAACUCACAGUCUGACCUGACCCAUGGCCGAACUGUAAAGACUUGUUAGGAAGAUAUGUGAAUGAACAGAGCUUUGAAAUGCAAGCCUGCCUUGCUAGAAGGGUAGCUGUUUGCUCAGGUCUUGUCAUGGAACCAAACAAGUCUUGUCUAUUGCUGUAGCUUUGAUUCAAAGACCCAAAAAGGGAUUUUAACAUUUAUGAUGACACUUGAGUGAAAUAGUAUUAUUGUCUGUAUGUCUCUUUGAAGGUUGUGAUAAACUGUAUAUGAACCGUUUAAUGGAUAAAUUACACUAUGCUAAUUGCCAGGAUGGUUGGGAGACAGAAGAUUAAGCUUAUUCUCUCAGGCCAAGAGGCUGGUGGAAAAUAUAUAAAAACGCUGGGACACCAUCCUGUUUUAACUCAGAUCUGCUUUGGGUUUCAAGAAGGGGAUACCCUGAGCCAUAAGGAUUGGGAUCCCCAGUCACUGACUGGAGUCACCCCAAAUAUGGACAUUGGACUAUAACCUAAAAGGAAUUUGGACACUACAAACUCAUCUCUGAUAUGUAUCUGAACCUCAAGAAUUGAAUUCAAGUCUGUAUGCAUAUUGAUCUUUUAACCAACACACUCUCUCUUUUCUUUUUAAAUAAAGUUUAGUUUAGUUAACAA